CGCAUCGGCUCUGAUAAUUUCCACAUCGGGGGUUCGGUCCAACAUGGCGGCUUACGGAUGGAAAUACUGAUGACAGUCCGAAAGAUCGCCUCGAUUUGUACGAUGUCAAACCACGAGGUCCAACCACUUGGAAUUAAUGUGAAAUACUUUUCAUCAGAACGUCCUCUGGACUGCUAGUCGUGACUCAUAAACAGGAUCAUUCAGCCCGGCUGUCUGCUCUUCACUGGUGACGUCUUUCGAGCCGUUCACUUCACUGUUUGUCACUUUGAAGAGCAGUUCUACGGCUCAUCGUGAACGAACGAUUCUCUCGUGUUCCAGACGGACGUCUGCCCUUCUCUCUGUUUACAACCUGUGAUGUUGUUGUUGGAUAAAUAACCUCGACUAUCAGCCUUCAUCUGCUCUCCUCUUAUUGACUUUACAUGGACUGCAAUGUGAUGAUGAUGAUGAUGAUGAUGAUGAUGAUGAUGAUGAUGAUGAUGAUGGUGGUGGUGAUGAGUAACAAGUGAGUGACUCCACUUCUGUACUCAAUCAGCCCUGAAGGAAAAGCUGCAUCAUCGUCAUCCUCCUCCUCCUCUCUCUGCUGCCUUGAUAUAGUGUUUGAUGACUGAAACACUUAAAGUUGUUAUAAUAGUAAAACAGAAGCAAUCCUUCAGUGUAAAUGACUUUUGCAAAGACUACUUUAUUGUCUUGUUGUGAUUCGCUCUUGGAACCUAAAACAAUAUAUUACUAUGAAUAUUAACACAACAUUAUAUAUUGUUUAUAUCUCAAAACACGGUGAAAAAAAAUCCAAAGUUUUCUACACAAUCAUGCGUAUUAAUUAUUGUAAAAGUAACAAGUAAUGCGACUCAACGCUGAGGAAACGAAGCAGGAAACACAGAUGGUGGACGGUCCAUCAGAGGAAACCUGAACACAAUGAGGAGGAAACAAGAGGACAAAGGAGGAAUUCUCAGGAUCAUUUCAUGUGUCAUACAUGUUUCUUUGUCCAUUAAAUGUUUCUCUUCUUCUUCUUCUUCUUCUUCUUCUUCUUCAGGGCGCCAAUGCCUCUGCCUUGGAAAAGGAGAUUGGACCGGAACAGUUUCCCGUUAAUGAACACUACUUUGGAUUGGUCAAUUUUGGCAACACCUGCUACUGUAACUCAGUGCUGCAGGCGCUGUACUUCUGUCGACCGUUCAGAGAGAAGGUGCUGGCGUACAAGGUGCAGCCGCGUCGUAAGGAGUCCCUCCUCACCUGUCUGUCUGACCUGUUCAACAGCAUCGCCACGCAGAAGAAGAAGGUCGGAGUCAUUCCUCCCAAGAAGUUCAUCUCCCGGCUGAGAAAAGAAAAUGAGCUGUUUGAUAACUACAUGCAGCAGGACGCCCACGAGUUCCUCAACUACCUCCUCAACACCAUCGCCGACCUGCUGCAGGAGGAGAAGAGCCAGGAGCGACAGCAGAAUGGGAAGCUGGUGCAGAAUGGAGGAGGGACGGGAGGAGGAAGUGAGGGAGGAGGAGGAGGAGGAGAGGGGGACGGAGGAAAGGAGACACAACAGACUUGGGUCCAUGAGAUUUUCCAAGGAACACUGACCAAUGAGACGCGCUGCCUCAACUGUGAAGCUGUGAGCAGUAAAGACGAGGACUUCCUGGAUCUCUCGGUGGACGUGGAGCAGAACACCUCCAUCACGCACUGUCUCAGGGGCUUCAGCAACACAGAGACGUUAUGUAGUGAAUACAAAUACUACUGUGAGCAAUGUCGCAGCAAACAGGAAGCCCAGAAAAGGAUGCGGGUGAAGAAGCUACCGAUGAUCCUCGCCCUCCACCUGAAGCGCUUUAAGUACAUGGACCAGCUGCACCGCUACACCAAGCUGUCCUAUCGCGUCGUCUUCCCGCUGGAGCUCCGCCUCUUCAACACGUCCGGGGACGCCACCAACCCCGACCGAAUGUACGACCUGGUGGCUGUCGUUGUACACUGUGGCAGCGGUCCAAACCGUGGACACUACAUCACCAUCGUCAAGAGUCACGGCUUCUGGCUGCUGUUUGACGACGACAUCGUAGAGAAAAUUGACGCGCAGGCGAUCGAGGAGUUCUACGGUCUGACGUCGGACAUUUCCAAGAACUCUGAGUCGGGAUACAUCCUGUUCUACCAGUCCAGAGACUGACCCAGCCGGCGGUGAAUCCCCCAACAGACUGUACGCCCGACAGAGGGGGGGUGGGGAGGCCCACUGGCUCCGCCCCCUUCCCACUACGCUCACAUAAGUACCCAGGCUUUAUUUCCUGCAGUCGGAGCGCCACUCGGAUCGGUCGAAACAUGUGCGGGUCGCUACUGCCAGCCUCCUGGAUUACGACCGCUCGCAUCCUUCUUGAGCACCUUAAAAAAAACAAAUGCGCGCCGGGGCAUCAGCGGGGGAGGGGGGGGCCGAGUAACACCAAAUCCAAGAGGCUGACAUCGCCGGGAGCACAGCGGUCCAAUUGUUUUUGGGACAACGCAGAGCAACCAAUCAACUGUUUCGGAUGAGACACAGGAUUGUAGACCUCCUCCUCACGGUAACCGUCAGUCUUCUUCAGCGUUCUUUUGUUUUUGUGUGUAUAAUAUACCAUGCUACGUUAGCCUUACGCUAACACAUAGCUACCGCGCGUUCAUCCCCUUUUCCCCAACCCCCCCCAAACAUUUAAAAGUCCACCAGGAGAUGGAGAAACUAACAUCUGACAGCCUUGUUUAAAACCCCCGCCUGUCAGAAUAAAACCACUGAUGGAAUAACUUGAACGUGGAGCGAAGCAGUUGCUAGUUUGCAGUGUUUGCAUCAUGAAGUGGUGCUAAAAACAUAGAGUGGUGUUAUAGGAGAGCGUGAGAUAGACAACCAGCCACGAGAGAGACGCUGACGAAUCUGAUAGACGACCCUUAUUAUUAUUAUUAUUAUUUCUGUUUUUAUCUUAAAUUAGUGCAGUGCCUGUUGAAAACAUGGCUUGUUAAAAAGCGGUGAGCCUUCCAGCUCACCAACGACGCUGUUGUGGUUUUAGUCUUUAGUGUUGCAGUUGCUGGUGAGUCGUGCCAUUACGGGUCAUGUUUGGUGCCACAGCGAGAGAAAUAGGAUAUUGAACGAAGCGUUUCAACGUUAAAAGAAGUAUUUCUACUCUGGAUUCUCUGGGUUUCAGUUUGAUUUGAAAGAUUUGUCUUUAAACAUUUUUCGACUUUUCUUUAACGGCAGAAUGUGCACAUUUGUACCUUUUUUCUUUUAAAGGGACACACACAGAUACAAAUAUCUGGUAUUUCCUUUAAGUCAGUUCUGACAUCCAAACUGUCCCACUCCAGGUUGAAUGUGUCUCUAACACCUCCCUGCAUACGCCAGCACACAACCUCUGGCUCGAGUGUUCCUCCUGCAGCCGCAGACUUUUACACGUGUUUUCUGCUCCACAAUCUUAAAUCGGAGCCUUCAGUGAUGCUGAUGCGGAGCGUGUCGGUCGAACAACACAUUUCCUCUCCUCUGUAUGUUUUAAAACCUAAUUCAGCUCAAUAAGAAGGAGUUCAGGGCGGUAACAACCUCUGAGUUAACUAAUAAAACCCGCCCAACAUUUGCAGUUUCUCCAGUGUGAGGUUGCUCUCUCACUCUUAUUAAAUUCAGACACGGAGUCUUUCCUCCCUAAAUCAAGCUUUCUGCCUCCUCCUUCUCCACUUCCGUUGUUCUCGUUUUAACGCACAAACAAUCCAAAUGUAGUUGUUUUUUUUUUCUGUAUGUUUUAAUGCUCCAGGCGCGUGAGGCUCCUCCCGACUGGGCUGUCCCACAUCAACAAGCAAGCUCACCCCGUCACCUUUUGAACAGAUGGCAAAGUGAAUGGAAACGAGCUCUCUGCAGCCUCCAGAGGUGUUUAUAUUCUGCAGCAGUUGAGUGGUCUGGGCAGCGGGUCAAGUAUUAUCUGAAUGUUAAGAUGUAUAGUAAAGCAAAAACAGGGCUGCUGCUGCCCCGACUGUAACACACCAGCUGGAGUCGGGUACGUUUUGAAUAAUCUGAAGUUGCUCUCUUUACCGCUAAGACGAGAAAAGCACUUUUAACACAAAUACUUUAUUUAGAAUGUUUUAAUUUCCUUUUGGAGUCUUUUAUUUUGACGCCCGAGAACAAACGUAAUGCAGGUCAGUUAAUCAGUUUAUGUACAAACUCGUCAUCGGUCCCAUUGUUUUAUUCAGCAGUUAAAAUCCGGCUGCGUUCACAACAAAACAUGCAUUGUUGCAACGCCGGAUUUGUUGAGAAUGCAGCGUUUUAUCACAGCCACAGAAGUGUCCUGAGGUCCUUGAACGUCUCACUUAAUUCAGGAGAGGGAGCAGCUUCAGACGGCGCGUUCAAAGUCAACACUAUUUCUUUUCUCCGGAUGUUUUGCGUGUUGUUUUGGGGGUCGAUCCGCUUCGUUUUCCAUCAUUUCUUCAGUUUUUUGGAAAGUAAAAAGAAGAAGUUUACAGGUUCGUAUUCAGGCUCCAACAGAAUCCGUGGACUCCUAAUGAAGUGACCAAAUGACGUGUUCUUAUUUUAAGCUUUUCAAAGGAAACCUUUUAUUUUCCUCAUUGUAUGACUGAACAAAAAUAAGCACAAAAAGCGCGUUAUUUGGUGGAUGAAAGUCUACAGAUUCAGUUGGGAGCUGGUUAUGAGUCUCCUUCAAUGAAACGCAGUUUUAAUGGAAAUCGUUGCUCCUCAAAAUCUGUAAAUGUGUUGAAACAAGGCUCUGUUUUAAUUUAUAUACUAUAAAUAUUAUUAUUAUUCAUUUGUUAUCUUCUGUUUCUUAGAUGUCUCACUUGUUUUUGAUAUAUUUCACUAAUUCUACGAGUCUACCAUUUUUGAGUAGGCGGCUUUGGAGAUUAUUUUGGGGGAGUGUGUGACGAGAAAUCAUGUGUACAUAAAUACAGAUAUUAUUAUUGGAAUAUAAAUAAUUGCUUGCUUUAAAAUAAUCGGCAGACAUCCAAAAAUAUUAGUGUAAAAAGUUAUGCCUCAAAAUACUUUUAUUGUGUUAAUGAAUCAAUAACAAGCCCCGCCCGUCUGGCGUCCAGGGUAACAUAAACCAAGCAGCCCCAAAGUAAAUGAGCUCAUGUAAUCUGUCACAUUAUAGUACACAGAAACAGACUGAUUUCACUAAGAUACUCUGAAGAAAACUACAAGGAACUACUGUGCAGAGUGACUGAGCCUGACCUGUCCUGUGUAUCACUGUUAAAGGAAACAUCCACUUUAAAGUGCGUCAGCGCUGAGUCAUCUCUUCUUCUUCUCUUCUUCUUCUCUCUUACAUAAGUUUGUGUUUAGUU